AUGAGCCCAACUGAUCUUCUGCGAUUCUUGUCUAAGCCCGCGAACACUGUUUCUAACCAGCAUCCUGCUUUAGGCCUCGAUAACGCGACUCCCGUCGUCACCAACGCCUACGUUUUCGAAUACCCUUUUUUCAAAGCAGAAUUCUCGUCUGCUAGACCCGAUACUUUGACCGGUAUCGGUAUCUUUCAGGACGAGGGUACCGACUGCUAG